GUACUCAAGGUGUGGUGGUGAUUCCGCGAGGUUGCAACCACGGGUACGGACCAUCGAAGUGGCCUGAAGUGCAUCAGAGGCCAAAACAGACCUGCAAUAAUAUUCAGCAGUCGGGAUCGGACAUAUAUUUUUUCGGAUAUUUGAUUAUUUAAUAACAAAAGAGAAAGAUAGUGGCAUUGUCCACAACCAUGGCUGUCCCUGGCCGCAUAGAUUCACUGGGACUCCUUGUCACCGCCCUAGUGAUGACUAGCUAUGUAGCUGCUCAAAAUCCUUGUGACUUGACAACUGGUUCAACUUCCAGUUCCAACCCUACAAUAAGAUUGGCAUUUAAGGAGGCCACUGCAAGUGAUCUGACCAACACAGCGGAGUAUACAGCAUUUAGUACAGUUUUCGGGACCAUAAAUACUGGAAAUAAUGAGAUCGAUCUGACCAUUAUUGAUGUGGAACCUUCCAAUCCCAAUGACCCUAAAGGAACCACCCACUUCCAGCUGGUACAGCAGGCGUUACCGUCUUCAAUCAAUGGCGAGAGUCAGGGUGUAUACAUCCGACUUUUUGCCCCAAUCAACAGAGAUGGUGAUGAAGCCAUUAUCUCUGAUGAUAUAGAUGUGGUGGAAUUUAAGCUUCGUUGCCAAGAUGUCAACAUUCCAGCGGUAAGCAUCACUUACAAUGUACUGGUGACGAUCAAUGACAUCAAUGACAAUACACCUGAAUUCGAGGACACACCUUAUCAGACCGUUGUAGACGAGUUGGCAGUUGUGGGUACGACAAUAUUCCAAAACAUCUAUGCUACUGACAAAGAUUAUGGAAAUAACCGAAAGGUUGUUUAUGAUAUUGUACCGGGGGUUGGUUCAGACAAAUUCAUCCUGGACUCCAACUUUGUGAAGAUUUCCAGCCCAUUAGACUAUGAAUCAUUGGGCACUAACAAAUUUUAUGAGCUUUUGAUCACAGCUGCCGAUAGUGCAGCUGCAGGAUUGCAAAGAACAGCAACAACGACCUUGACCGUCACUAUCCAGGAUGCUGAUGACCUCAGUCCAGUGUUUGUGUAUCCGGGCUGUACCACAUUCAAUAACUUUUGUGUAUUCCCUCAAUACACUGCCUCCAUUAUAUCGGGAACCACUGCUACUCUAGCGAUAUAUGGACUGGGAGAUACUACUACUCCAGUUGAUAUCCAAGCACGGGACAGGGACUCCCUCAACUAUCUUGUCCAAUUUUCGAUCUUGGAAACAUUUCCUCCUAAUAGAGCUUCAAGUUUUACACUGUCACCAUUACCAACCAGCAAUAAUGUGUACUCCACGAGCAUCACCGUCACUACUCCUCUGAACAUACAAAACGAACCCAGUAUCACAGUGUUUAUCCUGGCACAAGAAUUUGGUGCUUCAGGAAAUAAUCGCUCCAGUGAGGCCGCUGUGGACAUAACUGUAAAUCCUGCUAAUCAAUUUGGACCAGUUGUGUCAGUGCCAUUUGAUGGUUACGUCGCUGAAAACUCGCCUAUAAAUACUGUUACAUUAAAUCAGGCUGGAACACAACUGUUACGCCUGAUUGUCAGCGACCCGGAUUUGCCAAAUCCUGAUGAUGGUACAUAUAGUUAUGCUGUGAGUGGAACCAGCAGUCUUGGAGUGACAGCAGAUGGAUACGUUGUGGUGGCAGGGGCCCUAGACUACGAAGCCAUACCUUCCCCAAAGUCGAUCGUCUUCACGGUCACGGUAACAGAGACCCACACAGCUCAGCCCAAGUCUACUGCUGUUUCUGUGACCGUCUUUGUUACGGAUGUGAAUGACUUGACUCCAGAUUUUGUGGGAUCUGGUUAUGCUGAUUCAGUUGUUGCUGGAGACUAUUCAUCAUCUCCUUCAAGUCUUAUUGUUAUCACAGCUACAGAUGGUGACACGGGGGAUUUCGGACAGGUGCGAUACUCUAUUGUAUCUGGCGAUCCACUCAAUAAAUUUGCAAUUAAUUCUGUGAGUGGCCUGUUAUCUGUGGCUGGGACAGUUUCAAAGGAUGAGAUUUAUGUUUUGGAGGUAGAAGCAAGUGACUCGCCCAACACCCCCAGUGUCAGACGAUCUGCAGUUACAGCUGUGACAAUCACUGUUACACCAUCCGGUACGGAGGCCCCUGUUAUACCUGCCAAUUCCUACAGUAUUUCUGUCAGUGAGGGUGUUGAAGUGGAUUCCUCUGUAUUCACCGUUCCGGCGUCAGACCCUGAAGGUGAAUCUUUGAACUUUGCCAUUAUUUCCGGAAAUAAUCCAGUGCAUUUUGCAAUUGAUUCCACUGGGAAGCUGAGUAAUGUGGUAAAACUGGAUCGCGAGACACGUAGCUCCUACACUCUGGGCGUUGUUGUAACCGACCCAACAUCACUGACUGACACUGCUACAAUCAACAUUGCUGUGACAGACAUCAAUGACUUUGUGCCAUCUUUCUCUCCAUCUGCUUAUACCUUCACAGUUACUGAAGGCCAAGCUGCCGCCAAUGUUGGCACAGUCACGGCAUUUGACAAUGAUGAAGGAGUUAAUGGCCAAUUGGAUUAUUCAAUUUCCUCCAUUUCUACUGGCUCACUAUUUUCAGUGAGUUCUACAGGUGUGAUAACGACCGCUCAAGCCUUGGAUUACGAAUCACAAACUCAACAUAUUAUCCUUGUUCUGGCCACUGAUAGAGGCAUUCCUCAGCACACAGGGACUGCCACGGUCACUAUCAACGUCCUGGAUGUUCAGGAUAAUGUUCCACGAUUUGUUGAAGCAAGUUAUACUAUUGGUGUAAAUGAAAACCUACCAUCUGGCACAAAUGUCAUCAGUGUGCAGGCACUUGAUGUAGAUACUGUUGAUGCCAUUACUUACAAGUUUUCUAGUGGCAGUUUCGGUCCUUUUUCAAUUGAUUCCUCAUCCGGACUGAUAACUCUCAACACACCAUUGAAUUUCGAAGCAAUACCACUUUAUGUGUUCACUGUGACAACCGCUGAAGGCGAGUUGAGUAUACUACCAUCAGUUUCCACCACGGUCACAGUGUCUGUCAUCGACAUGAAUGAUGCCACCCCAGUCUUGUCUGUGUCUCCCUCAUCAAGGACUGUACAAGAGAAUGUGGCUGUCGGUACUUUCACCUUAUUUGAUGUUGAUGCAACUGAUGCUGAUCCCAUUAACACUGAAAACAACAGAGUGACUUUUUCUAUCACCGGUGUCACCUCAAAUGCUCUGUCCAACCCCAACAGUGGGGACAAUCUCUUCGUCAUCAGCUCGGAUACUGGAGUUAUUUCCCUUGCUCAGCCCCUGACAGAUGACAGCACUAGGGCUACUAUCUACACAAUAAAUGUGGAAGGUCGUGAUCAUGGAAUCCCUCCCAGAAGUGGUUUUGCAACAUUAACUCUGACAGUUAUCAGGAACAAUAACCCGGUGUUCAAUCCUUCAUCCAAAACAGAAACCGUCAACAGUAAUGCAGCUUUCCCCAAUGUACUGUUUACAUAUGCUGCCACUGAUAAUGAUGCGGGUGUCUUUGGAACUCUGACAUACUCACUGAUUGUUGACGGACAACUGCCAUCACAUUUUCAAGUUGGUGCCACCGACGGCACUAUCACCCUUACCAACUCUCUGCAGACUGAUGAUGCUGACACCUACUAUCUUCGAGUGGUGGCUACGGAUGGGGGUGGUCUUGUUGCCACUGGUACAGUCACAGUCAGUGUAACACGGAAUUUGUUUGAUCCAAAUUUUCUUGGUGUUGGACCAUUUAAUUAUGCUACAACAGUACUUGAGAAUGCCCCCCUGCUGCAGUCUGUGUUUCAAGUGAACGGUAUUGAUGCUGAUCAACAGUCGCCGUACAACCUAGUUAGCUAUAGCAUCGUUGGUGAUACUCUGGCACAGCAGUACUUCAUUAUCACAGGCACUGGAGAACUACAGCUGAAACGCUCCCCGGCUGACAAUCAGGCUAUCGCAACCUUCGCAGUAACAGUUGGCCUUCAGGAUCAAGGAGUACCACCGAGAACUGCUUCAACUAACGCAGUAGUCAGUGUUACGGUGAUCAGGAACACAGAACCUCCCAUUUUCUUCUCCACCUCCUACACCAGGAGCAUCAAUGAGAAUGUUCCUAGUGGAACUAACAUUGUCAAAGUCGCAGCCUCAGAUGCUAACACACAGACUGAGUUCAAUACCAUCACUUACUCCUUAUUUGAUUCUUCAAGUCUGUUUACCAUCGCCUCUGAUGGCCAGAUCAAUACAGCUGGGGAUUUGGCCACCCCCACACAGGAUCUGUACACAUUAGUGGUAGUUGCCAGCGACAAUGGUGAUCCAGCCCGUCAAGCCACUGCAUAUGUCUAUGUUACAAUCCUCCGUAACUUCUUUAACCCACAAUGGACAUUGACAAACUACAACGAUCAAAUCCUGGAAACUCAGAUCCCGGGUACGAGCUUGACUGGAGUAAAUCUGCUGGGAGGUAUUGGAGACAGCGAUACCAAAGCUCCUGGUAACACAAUCAACUUUAAGAUGAACACUGUGAUGACCCCUACGAAAUCUCAGCAGUACUUCCAAGUUGCUAGUGCAGGGGAGAUCUCUGUCAAGCAAGAUCUUCGCACAGAUACAGAUAAUUUGUAUCUGCUUUAUGUUGAUGCAUAUGAUUUGGGAUCACCAUCCAGAGCAAGUACACUGACUGCAACCGUUACUAUAGCAGUUGUCCGCAAUUUAGCUCCGUCAUUUACAAAUGCUGGGUUUACACAAACCGUCAGGUCUGAUACUGUUCAAGGAUCAACUGUUUUUACACUCACAGCUCAGGAUCCAAAUAUUGGUGUACCCGAAUUUAACCAACUAACCUUUGACUUGUUGGGAAUUGAUACAGCCUUGACCUACUUCAAUAUAGUUCCAGCUACAGCAAAUACAGCAAAUAUUGUCACUCGUUCCUCUUUGCAAGCUGUGACAGAGGAUGAUUUCCAGCUUUUGGUGCGCGUGAGUGACAACGGAUCACCAUCUCUCAGCAGCCAACAGGUUGUCACGUUAAAUAUGCUGAAGAAUCUUAAUGCACCUGAGUUCAUUGAACUGCUUUACAACCAAACAAUCCUGGAAACUCAGUCAGUAGGCUCCAACAUUGGGGUACAGGUCCGUGGCCGGGACAUAGACACCUUGCAACCGCAUAAUGUUGUUUCGUAUGAGGCACUUGGAGAGGCAUCAACCCUGACCUACUUUGCUAUAAAUAGUAUCGAUGGUCAAAUCUCUAUCAUCAGACCACUAACCCUUGAGAACACCCAAAAGAAUUAUGUCAUGCGUGUGAUUUUGCGUGAUUCUUCGUUGAUAUCACAACAAACAGGAACGGUUUCAAUCACAGUCCGGCGAAAUGAUUUAGAUCCAGUUUUUACAAACCUACCAUCUGUACAGUCUGUUGCAAGGACUGCCCUAGCUGGUUCUAAUGUGUUUAAUGCUUCCGCUACAGAUAGCGAUUUAUAUUCUCCUUUCAAUAUUGUCCGAUAUGGAAUUGUGUCAGGUAACACAGGGAAUGUGUUCACCAUUAACAGUAAUACUGGAGAAAUCACCCUCUCCCAGUCUCUACAGAGUCUCACGGUGGCUUCCUACACUCUGUCAGUCAUAGCGUUUGACCAGGGAGUGCCUAGCCGGGUAGCUUACAGUACCUUGACACUGAACGUUGACAGGAAUCUAAAUACGCCAAUAAUUGUUACACCUGGAGUUGGUGCAUUGUACCAGGCGACGGCUGCCAUUGUGGAGACCAUAGGAUUUGAGACACUAGUGUAUGAUGUAGAUGCCAUUGACAGCGAUAACACGAGUCCCUAUAAUUCUGUGACCUAUACAAUUACGGGAACAGGUAAAGGUCCGGAAUAUUUUGCUAUCAACCCUGACAAUGGAGAGAUACGUAUUAAAGCUUCACUGCUGCAGGACUCCGCCAGAGACACAACCUAUACUGUUCUUGUGAGUGUUCAGGAUGGGGGCAGCCCACCCAAGGUUGGCGGCAAUACAGCGACCAUUACUAUCAACGUCAACAGAAAUGACUUUUAUCCCCAAUGGCAAAACUUACCGUAUGAUCAAAUCGUUCAGGAAAAUGCUGGAGUCAAUGAUCUGGUGUACACUGUACAGGCAUUAGAUGCUGAUAGCUUUUACAAUGCCGUACGCUAUGAAGUGAUUGGUUUUGGAAGUGCACCUGUUUACUUUGCAGUGGAUGAAGUGACAGGUGUGGUGACAGUCAAUUCUCCACUUUCAGGUAGUGCAGAAGAGGUGUUCUAUGUUCGUGUGAGGGCUUAUGAUAAUGGAAGUCCUUCCAAAGAAAACACUACAACUUUAACCUUAUCCAUUGAGCGCAACUUAUUUGCUCCAACUAUGACACAGUCAAGCAUCACUGAACGUAUCCCAGCGACACAAGCUUUAGGUGUUCCCAUUGUAACGGUACCAGCUCAGGAUCUGGACAAUCAGGCUCCUAACAAUGUAAUCCGAUACAACAUGACUGCCUCAGCUGCAACACGAGAAUUCUUUGAUAUUGAUGUUGUGAACGGAUACAUUUUUGUUAAGAAGUCCCUUGUACUGGAUUCAACAGAGACUCAGCAAUUUACGAUGAGCGUUUCUGUUUAUGACAUGGGAACAGUCUCAAAAACAUCACCAACUUUCACCACUGUUAUCAUCAACGUGUACAGAAACAGGAACACCCCAUUCUUUGGUUCAACGAAUUACGCUGUGACCAUUUCGGAGAGUCGCACUGUCAAUGACAAUAUUCUUCCCAUCGCUUUUGGAGACAGUGAUACAGAUGCUCCGUUCAACACUGUGACCUUGGCUGUCAUUGGAGAUGACCUUGCCCCCACCUAUUUCGACAUUGUCUCUACAGGUUCCAGUUCAGCUAAUGUUGUUGUAAAACAGAACCUGCGGCUGGAUACUAAUACUAUGUAUAAUUUACGUGUUGAAGCGAAAGACGGCGGCUCUCCUGCUUUAUCGGCCACUACCAUCAUAGCUAUCACAGUCACCAGGAACUUGUUUGCUCCAGUCUUCAGUCCAACAUCAUAUACUGAAACCAUUCUGGAAACUCAAUCCAUCGGUACAGAUUUCAUCUUCGUGAAUGCAACAGAUGCAGACAUUCGUGCCCCUCACAAUACUGUAAGGUACUUCAUGAGCCAGGCAGCUGGCAGUGCUCUCGGACGGGAAUACUUCAUGGUGGACAGUGUCACUGGUGGCAUUGCUCUAAGAAAGUCUGUUACAUUAGACACAGGCUUGUUGACUCAGUACACGUUCCAAGUGACCGCCAAUGACCUUGGUACUCCUACCUCCCUGCCUGCCAGUACCCCAGCCACUGUUGUGGUACAGGUCAACCGGAACCUCAACCCACCUAUCAUCACCAACACCGUGGUUACGCGUGAAAUCUUUCAAAAUGCGUCGAUCAGUUCACAGGUGUUUGAUGUCGAGGCAACAGAUGCAGAUACAGUGGCACCAUUCAACACUUUAACUUUUGACCUUACUGGCGAUGAUAAUGGUCCUGUAUUCUUCAAUAUAGAUCCAUCAACAGGGAUUAUUACAUUAAGGAAUUCCCUGUUACUGUUGCCCACUUCAGAAUACCAGUUGCGAGUGCGCGUGCGGGAUGGUGGUAGCCCAAGGAAGGAGGCUGUGAGGCUUUUCACAGUAACUAUCAAGCGAAACUUCGAUAGGCCAGUCUUCAAUUCGUUGUCCUAUGCCCAGGUCAUCCUAGAGAGCCAAGCAGUCGAUACCUCUGUCAUCAAUAUCCAGGCUUCUGACUCAGAUUUUUCAGCUCCCUAUAACACUGUCAGAUACUACUUUACCACUGCCCCCGAGCGAUUCCUUCUCAACUCACAGACAGGAUUGGUGACAGUCAGACGUUCUCUUCUUGGGGAAUCACAGAAUACCUUCCUUUACUCUGUUUUCGCCCAAGAUAUGGCCGAGCCUCCAUUGAGCUCCAUAAAUGUACCACUCAACAUAACUAUCAUCAGGAAUGACCAUUCACCAGUUUUCACCAAUUUACCUGACGCAUCUAUCCGUGUAGAUGCUGACAUCAACUCACCAGCCACCAUCUUUACAGUAGCUGCCACAGAUGCUGAUACCUUCGCACCGUUCAACACAAUAACUUACAGCAUCAUUGGAGAUGACCGUGCACCAGGACUGUUCAAUGUUAAUCCUACUGGAGGGCAGGUCACACUGUUUGGUGAUCUGUCCACCUUCCCAGAGGAGUACCUUAAGAUUCGUUUGGUGGCAAGUGAUGGGGGCUCUCCUCCGAAGACAGACACCGAAAUCCUGUAUGUUAAUAUCACACGUAACCUUGGGGCACCAUUCUUCGCUAUCACUGGCUAUAGUGCAGAGAUCUUGGAGACGGAACCUCUAGCUAACAGUAUCCAGCAAGUGGUGGCUUCUGAUACUGAUACUGUGCCUCCAAACAACAAUAUCCGGUACUCUGUGGUGGGCAAUACUAAAGGACUCGAAUACUUCAUGGUGGAUGAGAGCUCCGGCAUUAUUUACUUGAAAAAAGAUCUUCGGGCAGACACAGAUAAAGAUACCACUUAUACUGUCAUCGUAACUGCAGCUGAUCUUGGAAUGCCAUCAAAAGCAGCCACUAACAGUGCCACGGUGACAGUGACGGUACACCGCAAUCUUAAUGCACCGACAUUCAGCAAUCCAAACUACAUCGUCAAUGUUAACAGGAAUGCUGUCGAUAACCAGAACCUCGGCAGUAUUUUCGUGACUGACACCGAUACCAGGGCUCCAUUUAAUACAGUCAGUGUGAAUACUAUAGGCGAUGGCAUUGCCACCUCGCUUUUCAAUCUCGAUGGCAAUACCAUUAGAGUGACUUCAGCAGCUAACCUGCAGGCAGACUCUGGAGAAACCUACCAGUUGAGAUUGCACGCUGAAGAUGGCGGCAGCCCUCCACUUACUUCCACAGCCUUGGUUACUGUCAACAUGGUCCGAAACCUGGAAAGUCCAAGAUUUGAUUUUCCUUCAUACAAUGUCUCCAUUUUGGAAACGACAGGAACUGGUGUAGUCCUUUUCACAGUGUCAGCCACAGAUGCUGACCCACCAAAUGCCAACAACAGGAUUGAGUUUGAAAUAACAGGAGAUGCCACAGCAACACAGUACUUCUUUGUUAAUCCCACCAAUGGUGAAGUCAGCCUGUUACAAAGCAUUGUGGGAACUGGUGUCAGUCCAUUUAGGUUGACCAUCACCGCCAAUGACAAUGGCAAUCCACCCCUCAGUACGUCUGUAUUGGGCACUGUUUAUGUACAAGUGGACCCCACUCUGCAGUUUUCUGCUCCUAGCUAUACAAGAACUCUUUCAGAGAAUGCACCUCUCGGAUUGACUGUACAGACAGUCAUAGCCAACCCAGGGCCUGGUGUUGUGUAUUCCAUUGUUGGACUAAGUGAUGCCCCAGACUUCUUUGAAAUAGAUUCUGCCACUGGAAUAAUAACUUUAAAACAGGUCUUGACAAAUGAUGUCAUAAAACGGCAGCAAUUCACGGUGAGAGUAAUGGCAACCAAGACCUUUCCUAAUGGACAGCAGACAGCUACAGCUGAUGUUUUCGUUACGAUUACCAGGAAUGAGAACCCUCCCAUAUUUAACCAGUCCCUGUAUAUCGCCGACGUUGGUGACCAGAGUCAACUGGGGUCUGUACUUGUACAGCUCUACGCUACUGACCAGGAUACUCAGGAUGUAUUGUUGUAUAGCAUGAUGAACCCAUCAACAGCAAUAACGGAUUUGUUUUACUUGGGACCAGCUACAGGAACCAUCAGUCUAAAGUCACUGCUCACCACCAACAACUUACCUGUAUUCCAGUUUGAUGUUCGUGUCAGUGAUCAGUCAAACCCAGAGAAAACUGAUGAUGCUUCUGUGAGAAUUACAGUGACGAGGAACAAUGUGUCACCCCAGUUUGUUAACCCACCCUUCAGCACGGGUAUCAACUAUAACCAGGGCCUUAACUCCGCUUUCUACACAGUACAGGCAACAGAUGCAGACAGAAGGGGUGUCAUGACGUACGCCAUCAAUGGUUACUACUCUGGACCACAGUUCUUCCAAAUUGGAGCCACAUCUGGAAGCAUCAGUCUGAUGUCCAGUAUUGCCCAGGAUACCGCAGGCUCCUACACUCUUGGAUUGAUUGCCUACGAUAGUGUUUACCCUGCCGAUACAGCCACCACAAAUAUCACCAUUUCUAUAAAUCGUAACCCUAACGCUCCUGGCUUCACCCAGGCCAGCUAUGUACGUGAAAUUAGUGAGGAGUAUCCUGUCGGAGUCAGCCUCAUUCAGCUUGCUGCUUCUGAUGCUGACGGGCAUGGCCUAACUUAUGAAAUUACCAACUCCGUCCCGACAAAUGGAAAUGACUUUUUCCUCGUGAAUCCAAAUACCGGUCUGGUGAUAUUGAGGAGACCACUAACUGAGACUGCCAACAACAACUAUCAGCUUAACUUCCGAGUUGUUGAUGAUGGUGUCCCUCAGAAUACAGGCAGUAAUAUUGCUACUGCCUCCAUUACUAUCCUGAGGAAUGUAAACACUCCGUUGUUUGUGGGUAACUACCUGAGAACUGUCAAUGAGAACGCUACAGUAGGAACAAGUAUCGUACAAGUCGCCGCAACAGAUGGAGACACCAAUCCACCAGAAUUCGGCCGUGUCUCUUACUCGUUGAUUGGAGAUAAUAACUUUGAUUCACUGUUCCGUCUCGACUCCACAUCAGGGGAGAUAACUCUAAUUGGUGCCCUUGACCUUGUCAAUGUUCCAUUCUAUCAGGGCCGUGUUGUGGCAAUGGAUGGUGGCUCCCCACCUAAGAGUGCCACUGCAACUGUCCGCGUUGAGAUAAACCGUAACCUCCAUCGCCCUGUGAUUCCAUCACCAACUUACAGUACAGACAUUUCUGAGACCCAUGGAAUUGAUGUGAUUACUGUUCCUGCAACUGAUGCUGAUAAGUUUGCACCAUACAACACCAUCACGUUUGACAUGGCAGAUGUCAGUGGAAACAGUUUGACUUAUUUCCAAAUUGAAGAGAAUAAUGGUGUAAUCAGUGUGCGAACCCCGCUGUACCUGGAUAAUUCAGAUAACCGUGUGUUCAUCAUGAGAGUGACAGCGGUGGACGGUGGAAAUCCUAGUCUGCAGUCAUUGGUCACAGCUACAGUUACCAUUACUGUCAAGCGAAAUGUUAAUCCACCUAUCUGCCAAGGUGAACCCUACACCGCAUCCGUCAGCUACAAGGCUCUGGCAGGGGAAACUGUCUUCGCAAGCGUUAACGCUACUGAUGGAGAUACCGACGUUUCAUACAACACCGUAACCUACAGCAUAAUUGGCGAUAUAACCACACAGACGUUGUUCCAGAUUAACUCCAAUGGUCUGAUCAGUACCAGGGUACCGUUAUCUGCCGCAACUCUCAACGAAUACAAAGUCCAGGUACAGGCAGCUGAUGGAGGAUUCCCACAGUUAUACGACAUUUGUACGGUGACUGUGUCCAUCACCAGGAAUUUGAUUGUUCCCAGAUUUAAUGUAUUUAUUGCAACCAUCACAAUCCUGGAGACACAAACCCUGGGGGAUACCAUAUAUAAUUUCCCAGCCACGGAUACAGAUGAACAGUCCCCAUUCAAUGUGAUGUCCUUUAUUCUGGCUGGAGAUGCUGAUAUCAACACUUACUUCGCUGUCAAUGAACCAGCUGAUGCUCUAUAUGUAAAGCGGUCCCUCGUUGAUCAACCCAAAAACUCGUUUUCUGCUGUCAUCACUGUGACAGAUGGAGGUGGUCUUGUCGGAGCUAAUACCUUGGCUCUCACCAUUAACAUUCUUCGCAAUGACUUUGACCCCUACUUCUUGAAUGAUCCUUACGUGGUGGAUUUACAACAAAGCGUACAGGUUAACGAUCUGUUGUUCACGGUGUCAGGAGCCGACAGCGACUCUAGCAAAGCACCUCUAGCAGGCCCAUACUACCAGCUGACCUUCCUCCUCCUGGGUGAUGAUGAUGCACCAUCUUUCUUCAGCAUUGGAGAGACCAACGGCCAAGUCAGAGUCAAAUCUGUUCUAACAGCGACCACUUCUACUGAGUUCAAUCUACGAAUCCAAGUAUCGGAUCAGGGAUCACCUCCUCGGACCAACACAACCUUGGCAAGAGUUGCUGUACGAAACAACUUCCAACGUCCUCUCUUUAAUGAAACGGCCUACUACCGAAGGAUCAAGGAAACGAAUGUCCUUGGUGUAACCAUAUUGCGUGUCUAUGCACCAGAUUCAGACCUUCUAGCCCCGAACAAUGUGGUUGAGUAUACGAUAACCAAUGGACCAGAGGACCAGGAAUGUUUCUAUAUCAACUCCGUAACUGGUGAUAUUGCCCUUAGUCGCUCCCUCCUCACCGGAAACUGCCAGACCAUCAACAGAUUUGAGAUGACAGUUCAGGCCCGUGACAAAGGGACCCCAUCUUUUGAUAGCAGUGUUCAGGUGACAAUAGAUGUCGAUCGUAACCAGAACCCACCGAUCUUCGACAACUUACCAUUUGCAUUGACUCCUGGAAUCUCUGAGAGUAUAGUUUUAGGUGCAGUUGUUUACGAUGUGAAUGCCACGGAUGCCGACCUUGUUGCUCCGUUCAAUACCAUCACAUACUCUAUGAUUGGAGAUGAUACAGCCACUCAGUAUUUCUCUAUCGAUGCUUCAACUGGUUUUGUCACCUUGAAACAGUCGAUUCUGAACACUGCCAACACUUUCUACAGGUUACGUAUCAUUGCUGAAGAUGGAGGUUCACCAGCUAGGACUGCGCAAAGCACCCUUCUCCUCAAUGUCAGACGUAAUCUAAACAAUCCUGUGUUUGCACCCGUCAACUACGAGGAGACCAUUUUGGAAACCCAUCCUUAUGACAACCCUGUGGUAACAGUGGUCGCUACUGACAGUGAUAGCAAGACACCACAUAACCAGAUUACAUACUCGAUCACCUCGGGCGGUCUAGGUCAGCAGUACUUCAAGAUCAACUCUCUAGGUCAGAUCACCAUCCAGAGAUCACUGAUUGACGACACAGCUGACACUGGCUUAUACAUUCUUUCUGUCAGUGCCCAGGACCAGGGAGUACCGGUACUUAACAGUAUCAACACAGCAAGUGUUCGAAUAAAUGUAAUCAGGAAUAGAGUUUGUCCAGUUUUCCAGAAUAUUCUGAAAUCUGUGGACAUUUCUCAAAGUCUGUCCCCCCAAACCAUUCUGGAUGUAAAUGCAACAGAUGCAGAUGACUCUACGACGGUGUUCAGCCAGAUCACCUACUCACUAAUUGGUGAUGCCCCAGCAACUUCUUUCUUUUUCAUCAACCCAGCCACAGGAAUGGUCACGACUAAUACCAACUUAUUCAACGAUAAUGGAAUCGUAUAUCAGCUGAGAGUGCAGGCUACAGAUGGAGGCACCCCACCUUGUGAAACUAUGGAUGUAUUUGUUGUCAACGUGAACAGGAACUUGAACUCUCCUGUCUGGGAGAACACACAAAGUCUCAACUACUACGAAUAUAACAUCUUAGAGACCCAGCCUGUAUCUCAACCUUUCUUUACAGUGUCUGCCACUGAUAGUGAUGAGAAGUCCCCUCAUAAUGUGAUCUCCUAUGAGUUUAUUACUAGCACGGACAUAUUCAGGGUGGCUGCAAAUGGACAGGUUUUCCUGCGCUCAAGUCUCAUCCUAGGCAGUGUGGAACAGUAUACUAUUAGGAUGCUUGCUAGGGACAAUGGUACACCAACAAGUCGAUCAAGUGUUGAAGGUACCUUAGUUGUAAAUGUACGCCGCAACAAGUUUACUCCAGAGUUUACUGACCUUCCUAAUGCAAUCAGUCUCAACCAGAAUGUGACUGUCGGCUCAACUGUGUACACCAUCGGAGCCCGUGACAAUGACACAUUCUCACCAUUUAACCAGAUAGAAUACGUCGUCAUUGGUGACAGUGCUGCCUCCUCCUACUUCUCUGUUUCACCCCAAAAUGGAGCAGUGGUAUUAUCAAAUGCCAUUGACACGGACACCACCAACGUUUACAUGUUGCGCGUACGCGUUUUGGACGGAGGCACUCCACGCAAGUUUGCCGACCAGGUCCUGACCAUUGUUGUGAACAGAAACUUGAACAGGCCAAUCAUAUCCAACACAUUUAUCCAAAGAGAAAUACUUGAAAUCCAAAAUGUUGGGGAAGCCUUUUCUACAGUAGUUGCUACAGAUGCUGACAAUAUUAGCCCCAAUGGAGAUGUGCGCUUUUUCCUGAUCACAACCAACACAAAUAUUGACAACUACUUCAGUGUAGAUCCUGUAACUGGCGGAAUAAUGCUGAAGAAAAUGCUCCUAGACUACCCGAACAUAGCCACUAGGUUUAUUGUCAAUUUCCAAGUGAGUGCACGGGAUAUGGGAAGUACGUCACUAACAGCACUGAACCCUGCAACAGUACAGAUUACAGUCGUGAGGAACACCCAGCCAUUAUUUACACAAGAACCUUAUGUGGCAUCUCUUGGCCAGUUUGAUCCCCUAAACACUCUGGUCUACACACCGACUGUACAGAACUUGGACGUUGAUGAUCCGUUCAACCGUCUCAACUUCACGCUGAUUGGAGAUGAUUCUGCACUCCUUUACUUCUCUGUUGACCCCAGUAAUGGCAUCGUUAGGGUUAUCCGUAAUCUCACCUGGAGCACUGCUGGCACCUUCAAGGUGAGGGUCAAUGUGAAAGAUAAUGGAAUUCCGCCAUUGGAGGAUACCACAGCCAUUAGCGUCAGCGUGAAGAGAAACGAGAGAGAUCCAACCUUCCUUCAUUCUACCUCGUUAGCUGUGGACAUCGCAGAGGGGCUUCCUGUCGGCAGUUUUGUGGCAGACAUCAAUGCAACUGAUGCUGAUGUUUUUGCACCCAACAACCUGUUGCGUUAUGAAAUUGUUGCCGGAACCAACAAUGGGGAGAACUUUUUCUUUAUCGAUCCGAGUACUGGAGUGGUAUAUCUCACCCAGAGUGUAGCAAGCGGAGUUAAUCUCUUCGUGCUGACUAUUGUCGCUAUGGAUCAAGGUGUGCCCAUUAAACAGGCGACUGCCACAUUAACUGUCAAUGUCCUGCGAAGCUCGGGCGUUCUGUCCUUCGCACUUCCCGUGUACAAUGUGACUAAAAGCGAAAAUUCACCAAUCAACGACUUUGUGACCCGUGUAGUUGCUUCACCAGGGGUAAGCAUCGAGUACACCCUGACCGGGAGAGAUCCGGGGCCUACUUAUUUCUCCUUGAAUAAGAACAGCGGUGACAUCCUGGUACAACAAGAUCUGAAGACUGACAGCUCCCAACUCACCCAUUACAUUUUGCUUGUGAAGGCUGUGUCUUUUGAUGUGACCACCCAGACAGCUUUUACCACUGUCAAUGUCUUCGUAACGAGGAACGAGUUUCCACCUGUGUUCAACCCAACCUUUUAUCAAACCCCCAUUGAGGAAAAACGUGACCUUGGAACAACUGUUUUGCAAGUCACUGCAAAUGAUGCAGAUAAUGACCAGAUAAAGUUCAGCAUUGUAGAUGGUACCCCGUACACAACCUUCUUCUUUAUAAAUGCUGACUCUGGCGUCAUUACUCUACAAGGUCUCCUUACCUCGACCAAUGUUGCCAACUACUCUUUCAAUGUACAAGCAUCUGACCAAGGUAAUCCUGCCAGGACGAGCCAGGCUCGUGUCCAUGUCAUCGUAUUACGGGACAAUUUCGCGCCAGAAUUCCAAAACACGCCCUAUAGUGCCAUCACCAACGAAAACACUGUGGAUAACACUGUAUUCUACACGAAUAUUUUGGCCACUGAUUCUGACAGGAGGGGACAAAUCAUGUAUGAUGUGAUCCAUGACAGUAUUGCAGCUACCUUCUUUUCUAUCAACAAAACAACCGCUUAUCUGUCUGUCCAGAACCAGAACCUUUUGUUACGAGAUGUACAACAGAAUUAUCAGCUGCACGUGAUCGCGUAUGACAGUGUCUACCCUGAAAACCAAGCUACAGCCACUGUACCUGUAUUUGUGAGCCGCAACGGGAAUGCCCCAGUAUUUAUAAACACUCCGUAUGACCGGACAGUCUACGACCACAUACCACUUGGCUCGCUAAUCGUAGACAUUAACGCAACUGAUGCUGAUGGGGAUGAGAUACGGUUUGAUAUAACUGGUAACAGCCUUGCUCUGGAGUACUACUACAUCAACCCUGUCACUGGACUGAUCACCCUGAAGAAGCUCCUCUCAGAAGGCACUCAGGCGCUAGAUAGGAUCACCAUUAGGGCAUGUGACCAGCGAGUACCACAGCAAUGCACAAGUGUGACUGCGACCAUCAAUAUCAACCGCGACAAUUUCCCACCUUUAUACACUCGUAACAACUACGGCCGCCAGAUAGCACAAGUGGUGCCAGUUGGAGAACUUAUAGACACUGUGGAGGCUACUGAUGCUGAUUUAGAGGAAACAAUUAACUAUGUUGUUGAGGGGACUUAUCCGGCACCUUCCUUCUUUGAUGUUGGUUUGGUUUCGGGUGCUGUAACUGUAAGCAGACUGGUCACCUCGGACAGCUUGCAAACUGGCGUUUAUGAGCUGAGGGUUGCUGCCUUUGACACUUUCUACCCUAACAACCGUGUGGUUACAGUUGUAAGAAUACCAGUCAACAGGAAUCCUGCAGCUCCAGUAUUCACACAGGACUUGUACACUAGGAAUAUUGCAGAGACUUUCCCUCUGGGCACUUCUGUUGUCCAGCUCAAUGCUACUGAUGCUGACAAUGAUAAGCUUGCUUUCUACAUGGAUGCAGCAGCUGAUCAACAAGAUAAGGACUAUUUCUAUGUCAACCCAGAAAAUGGCCUCAUCUCCCUCCGACAAAUUUUGACUUCCUCUAUUUACAAUCAGUUCACAUUUACUGUAACAGUGCGUGAUGUAGGAAACAAGGAGGAUACAGCCAAUGUUAUAAUUACGGUAGAUAGAGACGAGCAGCCUAAUUUUACCAACCUCCCUGCGACCAGGAACAUCCAAGAGACAAACCCGCUGACACAGUCGAUUUUCACUGUCACUGCCAAUGACCAAGACUUGCAGGGACAAAUGGUUUACAAUAUAGUAGGAGAGUACAACUCACCGAAAUUUUUCCGAGUAAACAACUCAACUGGAGAAGUUUUUGUCCAGCUUGACCUUAAAAUGGACAUUGUGGAACAAUAUCUAGUGAUUCUGACAGCCUAUGAUUCUGGCAGCCCAGGGAAGACGGCUACAGGUACUCUGACUGUAAGUGUGGCGCACAAUAUAAACGAGCCAGUCGUCAGCAGUGCUAGUGUCACUGUUUGGGAAUACAUUCCUGUGGGAACCAACAUCGUGAACAUCACAGCCUCAGAUGGAGAUGGCGACACACUACGAUAUGAGCUGUUGUCAACGGGUACUCUGCAGUCAGUUAAGGCACUGGCCUACUUUUCCAUUAAUCCUGAUACCGGCUACCUCAUGGUUACCAGAUUCCUUCAAAGUGAUUCUGAUAGGCCCACACUGUAUCAGAUGAAUGUCAGAGUUCGUGAUCAGAGGUAUCCAUUUGAGAAAUCUAGCAUCGCAUUGGUUAACGUCAAUGUGAAUCGUAACAGCAAUUCUCCAGAAUUCCAAAACACACCGUACAACCUCCAGGGCCUGGAUGAGAACAGUGCUGUUUCCACCUCCGUCAUCACGGUAACUGCUCGGGACUUGGAUAUGCAGGGAUAUAUGGUAUAUCAGGUAGUGGGAGACAACUCUGCACCUUUCUUCUUCCACGUUGAUAGCCGCACAGGAAAUGUGACCGUUCAAAGCAACCUGAAAUAUGAAAUCAACACAGAAUACUUUCUGGUGGUCGAGGCGUAUGACUCCCAGUACCCAGAAGACCGAGCCACAGCCACAGUUACCAUUGGUGUGAUACGUAAUCGCUUUGCUCCCCAGUUUAAUCAGACAUCCUAUUCUGUCACAGUCAACGAAACCAUUGCGAUAGGAGUAUCUAUUUUACAAGUGAUGGCUUCUGAUAACGAUGGCGACACAAUGACCUACACAGCCUUGCCCUCUCAAGCUGACCCCUAUUUCUACCUGGCUCCGUCCACAGGUGUGCUGACCAUCAAAUCCUCCCUGAUGAACGACCCAAAUCGCAGACUCUCUUUCCAGAUGACGGUACAAGCUACAGAUGACCGUCAACCGCUACGUACAACCCUAGUGGGCGUGUCCAUUACUGUCUUGAGGGACCUGUUUACCCCAGACUUUGAACCUAAUGACAAUAAAUACAUUGUGAUAAUCCCAGAGACAACGGAUGUUCUUGACCCUGUUCGAACUAUCCGUGCUACUGAUGCCGAUGUGAAGGGAUCAGUUAAAUACAGGGCUAUUGGUAACUAUCCCGCGCCAUCUUUCUUCUCCGUGAACGAAGACAGUGGACAAAUUUUACUGCAGAAAAGCCUCAUUACUCCAGACGCUGUCCAGUACAGUCAAUUUACGUAUUUGGUUGUGGCCUACGACAGCUUGAGGCCGAACAAUUUGGGUACAGGUACAGUGGAAAUCACCAUUACCCGUAAUUCGAACCCACCAAUCUGGUCGCUUCCAAGCUACACUGCAAAUAUUCGCGAGGAUCAUGCCCCUUUCACAUCUGUCGUCGAUGUUGUAGCCACAGACAAUGACAAUCAUGAUGAUAUUUCCUACUCCAUCGUUGAUGAACAGAUCCAGAGAACAUUGGAUCAGGGUGCAGCUAACUAUUUUUAUAUUGAUACUGAAACUGGACGCUUGUAUCUUAGACAGAGUAUACUAAGCACAGACAUCACACGCUUUGUUCUUGGAGUGCAAGCCUGUGACACUGGAACACCAGUGAGAUGUGCCAACACAUCAGUGACCAUCAACAUCAACAGACAGGGCUUUCCUCCUUUCUUUAGGAACUCUUCUUACUCGGCCGUUAUCAAUGAGGACAAAGCUGUCAACAGCCUUGUUUUAGCAGUAUCUGCCAUAGACAAUUCUCCUCUGGGUCAAGUGGUGUAUGAAGUAGUUGUGCCAGGAAGUGCAUUCUUCUCAUUAAAUUCCACAUCAGGGGAGAUCACUCUAGCUAAGUCUGUUUUUAAUGAGCUCGACAUCACCUACAGAUUCAAGGUCAUGACCUUUGACACUGGUGAAUCCCAGUACAGGGCUACAGCUGAUGUUACAGUGACAGUAAUCCGCAAUGCCUUUAAACCCGAGUUCCUGCUGCGUGACUAUGUUGUCACCGUUGACCAAAAGUCAGACUUUGGUAUAUUGGUCAUCAAUACAACCGCAGUCGACCUUAAUGGGGAUAUUCCUGUGUACAGAAUGACAGGUACUCCGACUGGCCUAGAGUACUUUAGAAUUGACAGAGACACUGGAAAUAUCUUCCUCAACAAACUCUUAACCAACACACCAACUGUCCAAUACAAUUUUACCGUGUAUGCACGUGACCAGCGAAGAGUCAACGAGAAAACCGACUUUGCUAAUGUGGUCAUCAACAUUGACCUGGACGCCAACCCUAUCUUCCUAAAUGCUCCAUACAGUGCUGUGCUUCAGGAGACUCACACAGUCAAUUCACGGGUUUACUUAACCUCAGCUCGGGACACCGAUCUUACUGGUGUCCUUGUGUAUGAAAUCACUGGAGUAUAUCCAGCUAGAGGCUUCUUUGCAAUGAAUAGUUCUUCAGGGGAAGUAACUCUAAUCCGUGACUUGCGUGAGGACUCGAGUAACCUUGUACGCUACACAGUAGAAUUGUCAGUGUACGAUUCUCUAUUUCCGUCCAAGCGUGGAUCAGCAUUUCUGACUGUGACAGUGAUACGAAACCCUAAUGCUCCUCAGUUUAAUACCACAACUAAUUACUACAGACAGCUUAAUGAGUUGGUCAGCAUUGGAACGAGUGUCAUGUCCAUUGGAGCUUCAGACAGUGACCCACUGGAUGUUGUGACCUACAGAAUUGUUUCUUCAAUCAACAAUGGCGACCAGUUCUUCCUUCUUGAUCCUUCCUCAGGACUGCUCAUAACCAAAAAACUGCUGACAGGGGCACUUUUCAACAACACCAUUAUGGUCAUUGAAGCAGCUGAUCAACGAGGACAAUCCAGCACUAUUCAGAUGAUCGUUGACAUCAUACGAAACCCAGCAGAUAAGAGACCAUAUUUCGUUAAUACGCCCUACGAUGCCACGAUAUUCUUCACACAAGACACUGUGACAGAGGUUGAAAGAGUCACUGCAGUAGAUGAUGAUUUACUUUUGCCAUCAAGGAUUAUGUAUGAGAUUGUUGGAAUAUUCCCUGCUCCAAAUCAUUUCCGCAUCGAUGAUUCCACUGGACAAAUAUUUGUGUCACGUGAUCUCAACACUGAUGUCUACAACACACUCGUCUACACACUACGUGUUGAAGCCUAUGAUAUGGCGAACCCUGACUUGAAAGCAGAGACAAAUGUUCCUAUUACGGUCAUCCGCAACCCCGCCUCGCCACAGUUUACAAAUGGUGCACAGUAUACUAUUACCAUCCCAGAGACUUACGGUCCUGGGUCGAUCGUCAUGCCUGUCGAAGCUAUAGACCCUGAUGGGGAUGACGUGAGAUAUAACAUAGUGAAUGAUACAUCUGGAUUUGAAGCCAUGAAGUUCUUCUUUAUCAACGGUGAAACAGGUGUGAUUUCAGUCGUCGGAGAUUUGAAGUCGUCAGCGCCUGUGGCCCAGUAUAGUUUUAAUGUACGAGCCAGAGACCAGGGCACUCCAGAGAAGUUUGGACUGGCAACUGUAACUAUCACCAUUGAGAGAGACAGUUCUAAUCCAGCAUUCCUGUUCCCAAAGAACUAUUCUAUAACCGUUCCAGAGACUGAACCAGUUAACAAUACACAACCUGUAUACAGACUGGUUGCUAGUGACGCAGAUCGCAGGGGAACCCUCCAAUACAUGGUCAGUGGAGAUGGACUGGCGAUGGCCUAUUUCUGGGUAGGGAGUGAUGGCACCGUUUAUGUCCGCAAAGAUUUGAUGACCACUAAUGUAGUCAACUUUGUCAUGACUGUUGCUGUCUAUGAUUCUUACUACCCAAAUAACAAAGAUUCUGCAGUGCUGAAUAUUCGUGUGAUUCGCAACCCUGGGGCACCUGUCUUCAGCUCAAAUGGCCAAUACUCGCAGGCCAUCAAUGAGUACCAUCCAUUUGGAAAAUCAGUAUUGGUUGUGUCAGCCGGCGACAUCGAUAACGAUGUUAUGGCAUUCAGAAUUCUGGGACCAUCAGAGGCCACACAGAAGUUCUACAUUACACCCGAUACAGGCGUCGUGUACCUUUAUAGCCGGCCAGACCCAGUUACUUAUGUUAUGACUAUUGAGGCCAGUGACCAGAGGAAUCCACCCAAAACAACAAAUGCAUCCUUGACUGUUUUUGUUAAUCCAAAUCAGCCUCCUGGAUUCAAUAACAUCCCUGCCACGAUCAAUGUAGCCGAGAGAUCUAGUGUAAAUGUGCGCCUCUUCACUGUGUCUGCCACAGAUGUGGAUUUAAGUGAAACUGGUGGAAAACUGGAAUACAAGCUGAUUGGUGAUGGUGCAGGACCUAGUUUCUUCCAGCUGUCAUCUUCAGGAGAAAUUUCACCACGUGUGAACUUGAGGAAUGACAAUGCACUCAAUUAUGUGCUCCGAGUACAGGUUUACGAUUCUGAGAUUCCCUCCAUGGCCAUCAAUAGUACGGUGACUGUUAACAUGACAAGGAAUCCGAAUCCCCCCGUCUUCUCCUCCAACGGCUUCUACAUAUUCUCCAUCUUAGACACCACUCCGCUAGGUCAAAAGAUUGGCACCAUCUUUGCCUCUGAUGCAGAUAAUGACACAGUACAGUACACCGUGACAUCAGGAGGUGUAGAUUUCUUCUACCUGCUGUCUGGUACGGGAGAAAUAUAUCUUCUGCGGCCAUUAAGAUCAACAGCUCAGAAAUCUUUCACUUUUACGGUGAGAGCUUCAGACCAAAGUACACCUGAAAAAACGGCCAUCGCACAGGUUACCAUUCUGGUAGACAGAGAUGAGCAGGCACCAGUAUUCAAUAAUGCUGAUGAUACGAUUACUAUCGAUGAAACUGAUCCCGUUGACUUCAAUAUUUACACCGCCACAGCGACAGAUGCUGACUUACGGGGAAAUAUGACAUAUGUAGUCACAGGAAAUUACCCAGCACAGACAUUCUUCCGUGUGGAUCACAAUGGUAAUGUCCUUAUAACAAAGGACCUGAAGGAGGAUGGACUGGCAAGGACUACCUAUAUUUUGACCAUUGAGGCCUAUGAUAGUGCUAACCCUGAUGUCCGAGGUACAAUGACUUUGAGGAUUAAUGUGCGACGUAACAUCAACUCUCCCGUGUUCGACCGCCAGCAGUACUUCACCAGUAUCAGUGAGCUGACUUCCAUGGGAGUCCUCAUUUUUAACAUCACAGCUUCGGAUGCUGAUGGGGAUGAGGUUGUGUAUGAUCUCAUUGGGGACAAACAGCCAAAUGGUCAAUCCUUAAAAUAUUUCAGCAUUGAGCGCAAGACAGGUUACAUGUAUCUACGUGAACCACUGACGAGCAGCAGUGUGUCAAGCUUUAGCAUGGUAGUUAGAGCGACUGACUCAGGCAAACCUCCUAAUACCAAAGAUAUAGACGCUGUUGUGAGCGUUCAGAGAAUAACUGCACCAGUAUUUGGCCUACCCCAAUACGACGUGAACCUUAAAGAAAACGUUGGCGUUGGGUAUGAUGUGGUAACUGUGUCUGCUGCCCAUAAUCCAGUACUUCCCCAGGCCGAUAUUCGUUACAUGAUUGUGGGAAUUCCUCCAGCAAAUUUCUACUUUACCGUUGACUCCACUACCGGUGAGAUAACUGUGAACCAGGACCUCCGCGGUGAUCGUACUGCAGUUUACACGCUGACUGUACGUGCCUAUGACAAUAACAACCCUUCAGUGUGGAGCGAAGGUCUUGUUGUUAUCACCAUGGAGAGAAACCCGAACACACCAUUCUUCUCACAGCCACUCUACACUGCCGACGUCCAGGAGGACGACCCAUUAGGCACCAGUGUAAUACAGAUCAUGGCUAAUGAUAACGACAAUGAUACUCUGGAGUACUCCCUUACUGGUAACACACGUUGCCUAGAAGCUUUCUACAUCGUAUCCUCCACUGGCAUCGUGUACCUGAAGGAGAACCAGGAGACCACCAAUGAUCCACAGUACAACUGCCAAGUUGCCGUCACAGAUAAUGGAUAUCCAAAUGCAAAGACUGCUACUACUCAACUUAACAUUGGGGUUGUCCGAGGCCAGCUGCCAUCAUUCAGCUUGGGCACUUACACAGCCAAUGCCCGAGAGAAUGAUGCUGUGGGAACUCAACUGACCACUGUUUUAGCUACAAGGACACCAACGCUGGGUGAUAUCGUUUACGAAACUGUUGGUGUGUACCCUGCCCAGAGCUUCUUUGCUGUGAACAACGUCACUGGGGACAUUACCAUCAUCAAGGACCUGAGAUUGGACGGCCUCAAUCUCCUAAAAUACACGUUGGAAGUUGUAGCCUAUGACACUGGUAAACCAACCCUCAGAAGAACAGGCACAGUUGUCAUAGAUGUAGCAAGGAAUCUGAAUGGCCCAACGUUUUACCCCACGAACCUCCAAGUGGAGGUUCCACAAAGCACAGAUCCUGACUUCUGGUCCCUAGCCCUCAAUGUAUCCGACCCGGAUAGUUCAACUCUGACCUGUUCAGUCAUUGGAAAUGCCAAGGCCCAAGAGUUCUUUAUGGUAGAUAAAGACUGUCGGCUGUCAUUAAAGAAGAGCCUACUCACAGAUCCUGAUGUCACUGAAAUCUAUACAGUACAAAUUGAAGCCACAGACAAUGGAGUGCCUAUCUCCAGGACUGCAAGAUCUACUGUGACUGUGAUUGUUCCCAGAGAUUUGUCCAAUCCUAUUUUCUCUAAUCUGCCCAACGCUAUAUCUAUGGCGGAGGACUCAGCAUUCGGAACACCUGUAUAUGAUGUGACGGCUACCGACCAGGACAGAAGAGGCAAUAUGACAUACAAGCUAGUGGGAGAGUUCCCAGCACAGACAUUCUUCAAGAUGGACCCUCUAACAGGAGAAAUAACCGUCCUCAAUGUACCGAAGUCCGACUCCCAGGAGACUAUGGAGUAUACACUACGAGUUGAAGUAUAUGACAGUUAUUGGCCUAACAACAAAGUCUAUGGCGAACUGAAAGUGAGAAUUGAUCGUAAUCCUACAGGCCCCAUCUUCAACCCAAGGACAUAUACAGAUGUUGUGCGUGCAAAUGUUGACUUGGGCACAGUAUUGUUCCAGUUGUCAGCCACUGAUGCUGAUGGGGACCGGUUGAUUUACACCUCCGAUAUGAGUGCUGUUGACCAGGAGUACUUCUCUCUCAGUCGAGACAGUGGAGCCAUCAUCCUGUAUAAGUCCCUCGAAACCGUCGGCACACCAAGCAGAUUUGAUUUCAAUGUGUUUGUGUCUGAUUCCCGCAAUCCUGUCAAGAAUGACACAGCCUCUGUGGUUCUUUCUGUGACCCAGUUAGCAGGACCUCCAAUAUUCACAAGUGUUAACUAUGAAGUGAUAAUCCCGAUUACCCAGGGUAUCAACACGGUUGCUACGAGUGUCAUCGCUUCUGAUUCAGAUCUUCAGGGCGCUAUCCGAUACGAGGUGAAAGGCUUCUUACCCGGAACUGAAUAUUUCCGAUUAGAUUCAACAACUGGUGUCAUUUAUGUGCAGAAGGACCUGCACCUCAACACCAACCUCUUCCCCAACUACUUCUUACUCAUUGAAGCCUAUGACACCAAGGAACCAGAGGCAGUAAGCAGAGCCACAGUUACAAUUAAGAUCAACAGAAAUGUAUUCCCUCCAGUUAUAGCACCGUUGUCCUACACGGCGUUUGCUAAUGACUACGAUCCCAAUGGAAAAGUCAUCUUGGAUAUCAACGCCACAGACUCUGACACAACGAUGCCUGAGAACAAUUUGUUCUACUCCCUGGAGGAUGGUAGGGCUGCCAACGACUACUUCUCCAUCUCGCCCUUCACCGGUGUUAUCACCGUAUCGAACCUGAUUUCUUCUGACCCAGCUAAACCAUUAGACUACAUCUUGCGUGUUAUUGUGAGAGAUACAAGUGCUACACCUAAAAUGGCGACAGCUACAGUGACUGUGAACAUCAACCGUAACGACCCUCCAUCCUUUGUUAGCCCUCUAGGGUAUAGUGUUGAGGUAUCUGAGGCCAUAGCUAUAUUCAGCAACAUCAUCACUGUUAGUGCAACAGACCCAGAUCCUGUGACCUCAUUCAACAGUAAGUUGAAUUACUACUUUGUGGGACCAGAGGAGGCCAGUAAACGCUUCCAGAUCAACAGUACUAGUGGCUCCAUCUCAGCCAGAGUUAGUCUGUCUUCAGAACCUCAGGAUGUUUGGCAGUUCACUGUUGGAGUACGUGACCAAGGAAAUCCUUCCAUGUCUGCUACAGUACCAGUUACCAUAACGAUUGGUCGUGUUGGAAAGAUUCGUUUCAGUCAGUCAGAAUACUUUGUGGUAUACCCAGAGUCCUACCCUGUCAAUAGCACGAUCGUUGUAGUAAAUGCCACAGACCCAUUAGCUGGUAGCACUAUUGUGUACGAGAUUCGUGGGGAUGGAUUGGCAAGAGACCAUUUUGUCAUCAACAAUGCUACAGGCCAGAUUACUCUCAGCAAGGCAUUCACAGAAGAUGACAGCUUAACAAAUAUGUACACUAUCCGAGUAUAUGGAUACCGAUUGAACGAUCCGUCUGAGUUUGACUUUGCCCUUGUAAGAGUUCAGGUGAACCGUAACCCGAACACACCAUUAUUCAACCAUGGAGAUCUCACUUUCACAAUCAAUGAAAAUGCUGACCUCAACUACAUUGUUGGAAAUGUAUCAGCUACGGAUCAAGAUCAGGGCGACAAUGGCAAGAUUGUAUACUUCUUCAGUCAGCAAGAAAGUCAGCCGAUCUACAGUGGAGAUUACUUCUACAUCAAUCCUUCAUCCGGCCUCAUCCUGGUCAUCGGAAACCUGCGUUCCGACCCCACAACUCAGAGCUAUACAAUGUUUGUAGUUGCUAAAGAUAGUGGUGUGCCAAGUCGUCAAAAUAAGGUCAAGGUCACUAUCAUUGUGACGAGGAACCCCCAUGCUCCAGAGUUUGCACAGACUAACUAUGAGGAAACCAUUGAUGAGAAUGUGUUAGUUGGUCAUAACAUACUCCAGAUCCUAGCUACAGAUGCUGACAAUGAUCCAAUUGUAUACAGCAUCGUCCCGAACCUUCCUUCAACCCUCUACUUCAAUGUCAAUCCCACAACUGGUGUUAUAACUACUUCCCGCAUACUUUACCGCGAGCAAGUGGAAAGAUACAUUAUAAAUGUCCUUGCCACAGACCAAAGUGCUUCACCUUUAGCUGGAACUGCCACCGUGACUAUCAAUAUAAACAGGAAUGCCAACCCACCUGUAUUUGGACAACAGUCACACAGUGUAUCAAUAUCGGAAUACCAUGAUAUUGACACGGAUGUUAUUCAGGUCACAGCCACAGACAACGACAACAUAAACAGUACCAGUGGUAUCCUACGAUACGGUAUAGAGACUGUCAACUCAUACUUCACCAUCACCAGGACGACUGGAAUCAUCCUACUGGCACAACCACUGACAACUGAUUUAGCUGACAAUGAGUACAUUUUGACAGUAGUGGCCUCGGAUACCUCUAACAACCCUAAGUCUGCCUCAACCACUGUCACCGUCAGUAUUGUCCGUAACACGUAUGCACCAGAAUUUUCCUCGAAUGUGUACCAAGUGAGUGCAACAGAUACGGACAGGGCUGGCACACCUCUGAUCACAGUAACUGCAACUGAUGCUGAUUCUCAAGUACCUCUCAGCGCUGGUACGAAAAAUGCCCAGUUUACAUACAGUGUAUUAGGAAAUGCUGCCUCCUUCGCGCGAUAUGUGGGUGUAUCGGACAAUGGAGAGGUGUACAUAAAACAGUCCCUUUACAUUCCAAAUAACAUCAGUCCAAUCACGGUCCAGAUUCAGGCUUGUGAUGAAAGCUGGAAACCCAAGUGUAGCGAUCCCAGUGCCAACAUUGUCAUCAACAUCACAUACCAGGACAGAGCUGAUGGCAGGAUUGGCUUCAAACAACCAGUAUACUAUCUGCAACUUAGGGAGAACAUAGAUGUUGACCAGGUGAUCUUGUUGAUGGACGUAGAGUACCAAGCCUCACAGACAGCUCAGUGUAACAUACUAGGCGAUCUCACAGGCCUUCCUUUCUCCAUCGCCCCAGACCAGUUCCAGAAGAACUGCGGACUCAAGCUUAUUGAACCAGGCUUCGACUACGAAGUUACUAAGCAUUAUAAUGUAACAGUACAAGUGGCCGAGGGUGCUGUCGGUCGUAAAAAGAGACAGAUCUUCAUUCAAAACACCCACCCAAUAGCUUCAGUAAUCAUUGAUGUGCUGGACGUCAACGACAACUCUCCCAUCUUCCAGUACGAUGAACCACACAUUUAUCCACUUCAAAGUAACAGUCUGGGCACAGAAAACCGAUACUUUGGUGCCAUUUCUUACAACGUCCGCGCAGAUGCUUCUGUUAUGAGAGUUCAUGCAACUGAUGAAGAUUCAGAACUUUUGGGACUUGUAAGAUACUCUAUGGAUGAACGGACAUCCGAGCCACUAAACCCGCCAUUCCUUCUGAAUACUGUGGAUGGAACAUUUACAACCAGUACAGAGUUCUCCGCUGAAACACUGGCUGCAAAAACUUACAAAAUUCCAAUACUGGCAACAGACAUGGCCCCAAGAAUUGAUGAACGAAAGGUCACUCAGUCGACAGCCUAUAUUAACAUCAUCUACCACUACAACCGUUUUGUACUAGUACUUUACAACAUGAUCCCAGAAGAUGCAGCAGCUAAAAAGGCAGUGAUUCGCAGAGCUAUUCAAGAUGAAUUCCAGAAAGUGUGUAUCAUAGAAAGAAUUGAACGUCGUAGAAACCUUGAUGCAAUUGACGAUCUCAGCAUCGAUGAUGCAGGUACCGACGUAAUAUUUGUAUUAGGAGAGCCGAGGACACCAUACAAUCUGAUCAACAACACAAGGAUGCCAGAAGUGUUUACUGCUGAUAAAACUACAAACCUCAAUAACCGGCUACAGGCUGACACAUCACUUAGUGUAGAGAAAAUACGUCUGCCAUACGCUAACGCCAAUGUGUACCAGACUCGUCUCACUAAGUCUUACGUUUGGUGGAUCGACGACCCAUGGGCAGCACUUGUCGCCCUGGCAGCCAUCAUUAUCCUACUAUGUAUCGUUGGAAUCAUUGUCCUAGUGUUCACACAUUCCAGAUACACCAAGUACAUCAACCAGUAUCGUAUCUACCAGGCUAGCUAUGACCAGCCUGACUUCAUGGAGCCUCCAAGUUUCCUGCGGGAGUAUGAGACACAGAGUCUGAAUAUGUAUGUGCCUCCCGAUGAGGCUAUACAUAAUAUGGAUAUUGUCAAUCUUAAUCUCGGAGAGGAAGUGAACAUCGAACCUCACGACGAUGACCAAAUUAGAUCACCAGCAGCUGUCAACCCCAUAUUUGUGCAUGAUGAUGGAACCACCCAGCAUGGAAUAGGAGUUGCCGAGGGCACCACUAUGUUGUAAAUCCACACACACAAUCCUCAUUCAAGAAAAGUUCAUCAGAAGGUGUUCAAUAACUAUCCUGCCAAACUAGAACAUUUAAAGGCAAAACCGCGCUGUAAAACAAAGACUUUUCAACGCAAAAGAGUUCCAUGGAAUGAGAUAGCAAUUUCAUCUGAAAAAUAAAUAUCACUGUACACAACUAUUUGCCGCCACAGUUUUUGCUAGCCUUGCCAUAUACUCAGACUUCUAUAAAUAUUUGAUCGUUAAUAUUGAGUGAUUUAGCACCGAACAGGUGGUAACUGCGGCAGUGACUUCCAUCCAAUGAAUGUUCUCCCACGUGACAGUGAUAACAAAAUGGAGGAGAAUAUAACACUCAUGUCUCUAUCUAUGCAUGUUUUUAUACAAUGAAGAAUUUCAACUUCCAGAAGUUAAAGAGUGACGAGUGGUUAAAACAAUUUGUGUAUGAAAUAUUUGGUGUGAAUGUGUUGUUUCUGCCUACUCUGAUCUCGUUCUAACUACCAUAUUACAGAUGUAAUGAAAAUCCUUUUUCAUUCAUUUCAAAUUUAAACUUAAAAAAAAUUUUAAGAAAAAAAUGUUCCUGUUUUCAAAGAGUUAUGUAAAGAGAUCAGAAGUAUGGAGACUGAAUGAUUGUGUCAAAGUCACUGAUGGGAUGUACAAGGGGGGUAUAAUUAUAUAUAUGUAAUCAUACAAACAUAGUUCUGCUUUACGUCAAUAACAAAACCAAUUUGCUAGUUUGAAAAAAGGUUUUUUUUUUAAAGUUUAUAUUCAAAUUUCAUGAUAUUUACCUGUUUAUCACAUUGCUUUUGUUAUGAAUAGAAAAUGCUUUGUUCUAGUAAAAAUACAAAUUUUAAGAUCGUUGAAUUUUGCUUUACAUUUUCAUUUGGAAUAUUUAAAUAGUGCUAUGUUGAAUGGACUUCUAUAAUUACCAAAACGUUACUCUGGGUUUUACGAUUUUGUUGUGAUAUAUAUAUAGAACAUAUUUUUGUAUUUUAAUGGAAUUUUUGCGUACAGAUAUGGAGGUGGUUAUGUGUCUCCAUGUUUCUGUACAUGUCUCCCUAUACAUAUCAUUACCUGUUUCCUUGUUAUAUCUAUAUUAACAUUCCACAUUUUAAAUAAGUGUCACCAGAUUCUUAUGGUAGAACGUCUAAAUUCUUUAUUAUCUGCGAGUGAUGCAAGAAAGUAAGGAAUUACCAUUAUAUGAAAUUUUGUAUUUUUUAUAGAAAAAAAACUACCAAUAAAAUGUAAUAUAUUU